AUGGAGAGGCAGAACCUGGAAGCAGGUUGGCUGCUGGGGUCCUUCUGGUCCUUACUCCUUGGUGCUCUGGUGGUCAGCACACUCAAGGGCCCCCAGCAGCUACUGGCUUUGGAUUUGGGCUCUGAGAAUGCCAGCUGGGAACCUGAGGAAGUCCCUGGUAAUGAAUCUUCAGAGCACACAUUCUUCUCCCUGGAUUAUCAGCACGUCCAGGUCCCCUUUGAAAUAACGCUCUGGAUCAUGCUAGCUUCUCUGGCCAAAAUAGGAUUUCAUCUGUAUAACAAGCUGCCUUCAGUUGUGCCUGAGAGCUGUUUAUUGAUAUUUGUGGGACUCAUCAUGGGAGGAAUCAUCUAUGGUUUAAAUGAUAAGUCCCCACCAGUCAUGGACAGUGAUGUCUUUUUCCUUUAUUUACUGCCACCAAUUGUUCUUGAUGCAGGAUAUUUCAUGCCCAGCCGUCCCUUUUUUGAGAACAUUGGGACUAUCCUUUUGUAUGCUGUAGUGGGAACAAUAGUGAAUGUGGUUGGAAUUGGCUUCUCACUGUAUGGGAUAUGCCAAGUGAAAGCCUUUCACCUGCAGGAUAUAUCCUUGCUCCAUAAUCUUUUGUUUGGCAGUCUAAUUGCUGCAGUGGACCCUGUAGCAGUACUGUCUGUAUUUGAAGAGAUACAUGUCAAUGAAAAGCUUCACAUUUUGGUUUUUGGAGAAUCUCUCUUAAAUGAUGCUGUUACAGUUGUGCUGUACAAGCUGCUUAGAUCCUUCUGUGAAAUGUCAACAAUCAAAACUGUUGAUGUUUUUGCAGGAAUUGGGAAAUUUUUUGUGGUUGCCAUAGGAGGGGUAUUGGUAGGCCUUAUAUUUGGGAUGACUGCUGCUUUUACUACACGCUUUACCAAGAACAUCCGUGUCAUUGAGCCCCUCUUUGUCUUCCUGUACAGUUACCUAUCUUAUCUCACUGCAGAAAUGUUUCAUCUCUCUGGUAUUGUGGCAAUUAUUGCCUGUGCCAUGGGCAUGAAACGUUAUGUGGAAGCCAACAUCUCUCUGAAGUCUCACACUACAGUCAAAUACUUCAUGAAGAUGUGGAGCAGUGUUAGCGAUACCCUUAUCUUCAUCUUUCUUGGGGUCUCUACCAUUGGAGACAACCAUGAGUGGAACUGGGCAUAUAUUUGCUUCACUAUUGUUUUCUGCCUGCUUUGGCGAGCACUAGGGGUUCUUGUGUUGACUUUUUUUGUGAACAGAUUACAUGUGAACACUGUUACUAGCAAGGACCAAUUUAUUAUAGCAUACGGAGGUCUCAGAGGUGCAAUAUGUUUCUCUCUGGUUUUCUUGCUCCCUGACUUUCCUAGAAAAAAGCUCUUCAUCGCAGCAACAACAGUCAUCAUUCUCUUCACUGUGUUUGUACAGGGAAUGACCAUCCGUCCCCUUGUGGAAUUAUUAGAUGUCAAGAGGAAAAGAGAAAGUGCCCCCACUGUUGGAGAACAGAUUCACAUGCGGUUCUUGGAUCAUUUGCUGGCUGGCAUAGAAGAUAUAUGUGGACACUGGGGACAGUAUUACUGGAAAGACAAAUUUGAGUACUUCAACAGCAAGUAUUUGCAGAAGUUCCUACUCCGAGAGUACAGCCAGCCCAAAUCAAGUAUUGUGCUUCUCUAUGAAAAGCUGGAGAGGAAACAUGCCAUUGAGCUUGUAGAAGCGGGCCAGUUAAUUCAUACACCAUCCCAUGCAUCUUUGCUUGACAGCCGAAAGUCUGCUGGAAUGGUCAAAAUAGUGGAUGGCCUGAAUUCAGAUGUACUGGAAAAUAUACAGAAAAUAUUGGCAAGGAACCUGUACAAAAUCAGAAGAACGGUGCCAGCAUACAACAGGCACACGCUUCCUGGAGAGACUGGGACAGAGGAACAGGCAAAAGAGAUCCUAAUCCUCAGACACAGGAGUCUUCGGUUGCAAAUGAACAAAAGUGACUUGGCUCACUCUGGAAAGGAGAAGGACGACUCCUAUUCAGGACAUGACGACUCUAGCUCAAAAUAUAAACUGUGCCGGUCCUUAACUGUGAGGGAUCCAGAAAAAGAACCAUGUGUGAAAUACAACCGAUCAAAGUCUGCCUGCAUCAUCUUACCUCUACAGGCUGCCUGUGCCGAGAGGGUUAAGAAAGAAGAAACAGAAAAAAACACACCUUCAGAAAUGCCGUGGUUCCCCAUCAAUGACUCCUAGCACCUGGAAAGCUUCAAAUCCUACAUGAGAGCUCCAGACAGCACAGACUCUUCAGUAGAAAUGGCUCCACUAGUAUCGUUGUUGUUGGCAGGUAGAAUACAAAGUCUUCUCUAGAAAACUUUUGCUCCUGCUGCUGCUACUAAAUCUUUGGGGUAUAAAGCAGGUCUGAGAAGGAACUUUUGAGAAGACUUGUAUAACAGAGUGAGCUCUACUAAAUGAUGCUGCUGUUGGAGAAGGGAAAGUAGAUUCUGCUACCAACUCAGAUAAAAGUUAAGGGGAGAGAAUAGUAGGGAGGAUGUGAGGAUGAAGGAAGUGGGAGGCAUCAACAGUUUGGGUUAUUGCUCUUAGAAACUACAAAUAAGCAUUCAGUCCUUUGAGUUUUGCUUCUCCAAAUCAAAUCAACUCAAAUUCCCAAGCAGGUCAACCAUGACUAACAUUGUCCCUUUCCUUUCUCUGCCCAUUCAUCUUCAUAAAGAACAGAAAUAAAGUUUAAUCAAAACUAGGAAACAAAGAGAUCCUUUUGCAAAUAAAAAUUAUAAAUGAAUUUUGGCAAUCCUCAUUCUUCUCCCCUGAGGUAGUGCUGGAUUUUCACAGCCUGUCUUUUCUGCAUAUGGUAACAUAGCAAUAGCAAUUUCAGUAUAAUUCUGUUGUUGUUCUAAACUACAGCAUGAGUAUGUUGGUUACUUAAUUCAAUCUCGACUUCCUUCACUGCCAUACAUGCUUGGCUUGAAAAACUGCUAAUCUUAUGUUGUAAUAUAAAAUACCCACCAUAUAUAUGUUAAUUAAAUAUAAUAUGUUAUUGGAAUGUCUCAGAGUUCUUACACACCUGCUUAUUUAAGUUCAGAUGUGCUUGAAAUCAGGAACAGAAGUCCAAUAGGCUCCAAGGGUGCAGUAUGAACCACUAUACUCUCAUGAUCCUCCGUCUAAAUAAAACAUAAAAUGGCAUAUUCAGGAGAUCCAUUUCGUGUAGAAUAGAGCUCAGUUUUGCCACAGUAAAGUAUCAAAACUAAGCCAAACAAGUACAGUAAGAAAAAAUGUAGUAAAGUAGGUCUUUUCCUUGACAUUAGUAAGAAAGCAUGAGAGAGAGGAAAAGAAUAUGAAAACAAAAUUUUGAAGGAGGGCCUAUUUUUGAUCAUUCAUGAUGAAAAUCACAGUAAAAUAACUGCAACCUGACUUGUUGUUUACCUAGUUUAACUUAUGUACACUUUAUAUCAGUAUGUUUUAAUAGAGCAUUUAUGAAAAUGAUCAGUUUCCUAGUCUUUCUCUAGAUAGCAAACCAAAGAGAAUUCAGUAUUCUAGCCAUUUUGAAUCCAAAGAUAGACACUUUAAAACCCCUUAAGCUGUUUUGGGUUUCUGCUCUUGGGUUUUUGGUACUCUUUCCUGGGCAGUUUAUCUGUAUCUGUGAUGUAUCAUCUUUAUGUUCUGCUAUGUAUCCCACAGUGUUUGAGGUACUAGUUAAAACAAAUAAUGAUUUUUCUUUUAUAUAACAAAUUUCAUGCCUUGUUACAAAACCCCUUCUCUUUGGUAUUAUUAUCAAGCAAGAGACUUGUCAGAGAUGUCAGUUUUAUUACCUUCCAGUUUUCUUUGCAGAGCUGCAGUUAGCAGUCAGUUAGUAAU